AAAAUGGAUAACGGAAUAUAAUAAUAUAAAAUGUAAAUCAAUAGUUAGCAAUUGCGUGAAUUUUUCGUCCUGCGCACCUUUUACGGGUAACGCAGCCGCCGACGCUUCCUUUCCCUUUUCGUGCGUCGCAAGCAUUCACUAUACUAGAAGAUUAAGUGGACUUACAGAAGAAAGAUAACAUGGAGGAUGAGGAGCAAUUGGACGAACUGCAGCCGGAGCCUGUAACGCCGGAUGUGGUGCAAUCUUAUAUAACGCGAGCGAAAAUGAAUCCCGCAAAGAAUGACAAUGAGAAGCGCCGCCGCAAGGAUGCUAUACGCAAGGUAUCGAUGAUAUUGCGAAAAUGCGAAUCGUUGCGCAGCGUCGAGGAGCGUCAAUUUCUGGAGAAGCAUCCGGACAUUGUGAAGACGACCAAGAAGCGAAAAGAACGCAUUGCCAUCUACAAGGAGCGUGUGGUAGAGAAGGAGGAUGAGCCAGACGUGAUUGAAGCUAAGGUGGAACAGCUGGCCAGCAUCAUAUCACAGGCAAAGCAUCUGAUCUGUUAUACAGGAGCGGGCAUCAGCACCGCAGCGCUCAUACCCGACUACAGGGGCAGCAAAGGCAUCUGGACAUUGCUGCAAAAGGGUCAGGAUAUUGGUGAACAUGAUCUAUCCAGUGCGAAUCCCACCUACACGCACAUGGCGCUCUACGAGCUACACCGUCGGCGCCUGCUGCAACAUGUUGUCUCCCAGAACUGCGAUGGACUGCAUUUGCGCUCCGGGCUCCCCCGCCAAUCCCUGUCCGAGAUUCAUGGCAACAUGUACAUUGAGGUGUGCAAGCACUGCAAACCGAAUACGGUCUAUUGGCGUCAAUUCGACACCACCGAGAUGACGGCUCGCUAUUGCCACAAAACACAUAGACUCUGCCAUCGUUGCUCUGAGCCGCUCUAUGACACCAUUGUCCACUUCGGCGAGCGUGGCAACGUCAAAUGGCCACUGAAUUGGGCAGGCGCCACACAACAUGCAGAGCGUGCCGAUGUCAUACUCUGUCUGGGCUCUAGUCUCAAGGUUCUCAAGAAAUAUACUUGGCUUUGGCAAAUGGACAAGCCAGCCCGCCAGCGUGCCAAAAUUUGUGUGGUGAACUUGCAAUGGACACCCAAGGAUAAUAUAGCCAGCAUUAAGAUCAAUGGCAAAUGCGAUCGCGUGAUGGCUCAACUAAUGAGUGUCCUAAACAUAACCGUGCCCGUUUAUAGCAAGGAAAAGGAUCCGAUUUUUGCGCAUGCCACGCUGCUGAUGCCCGAGGAGCUGCACACUCUAACCCAACCGCUGCUAAAGAAUGCCGAUGAGGAAGAGGCAGGCGAUACACAAUCUUGCACAACCACCACUGAGGAGACGCAAGACUCAACAAUUUCGGGUGAUAGCUAUACUGAUUUGCCCUUUUCAAAAGGCCCCCGCAUACGCACCCCGCUCAAGAAUGGCCGCCGCAUUAAAACUAACCUGGAGUUGCGAAAAUAUGCGCGCAAAAAGAUCAUGAACGGCAAUGAGGACGAUGAUGAUGAAAAGACGGCUGCCGCUGCUACUACCGCUGCUGCUGCACCUGAAAGCGAAAAGCAACAAGAGAGCAUUAAAUUGGAGCAGACAAUUGUGGAAGAGAAAUGUGAGCUAAAAGUAGAAGCAACUGACAUUAAAGAAGAGACUGAGACGACCACGUCAGUUCACGUAAAAGUGGAGGCACAAGAGGCCACCAAAGCCUCGGAUUUGAGUGUGAGCUGUAUAAAGGAGGAGGUAACAUUGGAACAGCUGCCAAAACUGGAACCACUCUUCACGACCGCAUUGCCACAAAUCAAGAAGGAGGAACUCACAAAUGGUCUGACCACCGUCCCAAAUGGUGUGCCCAUGGAACUGCCGAAACUAGUCGCCAUACAAAAACCAUAUACGACAACAAAUAGCUGCCCAAGCAUGUGUCUGCUGCCCGUCGAACUGAGAUUAGAGCCUUGCAUCUCCAGCCGGCCGGCAGUGGAGAUACCAUUGCCGCCACUGGUGCCGAUUGGUGCGCCGCUCACCACGCCCUUCAUACAACCACAAUUUACGGUCUUGCCACCGGCACUGCAGGCCCUGAACAUACAAAGUGAUAGCGCUACUUGGUCAGCAGACUCAACCACCGAAAAUACCGAAGAGGAGGACGACGAGGAAGAUGAUGACAAUGAGAAUGACGACUGUGGCAUCGGCAUGGCUCAAAUGGAUCUGUUGCGCAAACAUGCCACGCUACGCACGCCCAGUGCCCAUCAAUUAUUACGUCAGCUACCCAGAUGGCACGAGGCCAAGUAUGCUUAUUCGGGACUGCAUAGCAUACUGAUACCACCACCCUCGGAUCUCAACAUUUGGAACUUGCAGGUGGUGCCAAACUUUGCUAUGAAUCGUUCAGCGGCUGGUUGUGAAUUCUGUUUCGAUAAUUAUGCGGAACUUGAAUGCCAGUUCUAUCGCAAAUGGCCACUGAGCCAGCGCAAGCAUAAGAAGCGCGCCCGUAGCGGUCGCUUUGUGGUCUGCGAAUGUUGUCCGCCCACCGAUGAUGAUGAUGAGUACGAUGAGAACAUCUCAUUGGCACACAUUGCGGCCGCAGAGACGGCCAAGCGACGAUUGCAGCUAAGCAAUAGCUUUCCGCGCAAGCUCGCCCGCACCCAGGCCGGUUGGUAUGGCAAGGGCUACAAGAAGGGACGCAAGCGUAGGUAGACGGAUGCCGUUGGGCACGGCAAACAUCACAGAAGCAAUCAGAGCUUCUUCACAUCAUCCACACUGCCAAAGCCUAGUUGAGCAGCAAGCUGACAAAAGUGUAGGCGCUGGUACAGCCCUAAGCUAAACAUAAGAACUAGUUCGGAUCGUCAAAGUAUUGUCAUUGGCAUAGUAUUCAAUAGUUAUAGGCCUAGGCUAGACAGACCAUUUAGUUAUGUAAGUCCUUGUAGAGGUAAUCCAAUCUUAGCCUAAGUUUGUGUCUCUUUGUACUCGUCUUUUAAGUAUAAGGCAGUUUUUACAAUUCUAUUUUUUAAACAUGUCCACGUUUCUAGACUAUUUUAAGUGUGCGUGUCGGUGUCGGUGAUAGUUAAGCGCGAAAUUUAAUUUUAAUUUAAUAUCUAACAGUGCGAUUUGUCGCAACAAAGCCAACUAUGACGGAAAUGUUAAUGUUUUCAUGCAAGUUGUGAAGAAUACAAAGCCUCGUUUUAAACUUUUUGUUUGUGCAUAUGUUUGCGAACUUCAAUGGCUUUUGUAACUCUUUGUAUUUGUUCCUAGAAACAAACUAGUCUUUAAAAUGUUCGAUCAAUUGUU